GCAGGUUGGAGCUCAGCUGCUGCUCUCGCGAUAUUUGCGCAAUUGGACUGAACAGACUGGACCAAAACAGGAACUGAAACAUGGCACCGGUGUUCGGAGGAGUAGAGGGUGGAGGGACCCACUCCAAAGCAGUGUUGGUGGCAGCAGAUGGAAAGAUCCUGGCAGAGACAGAGGGACCGUCCACCAACCACUGGUUGGUUGGGCUGGACAAAUGUAUUGAAGCCAUCAACGACAUGGUCCAGAGAGCCAAGAUGGAAGCAGGACUGGAUCCAAACACGCCACUAUGCUCAUUGGGCAUGUCUCUGAGUGGAGGGGAGCAGAGGGACGCCAUCGACAAACUGAUCGCUCAGAUGAAGGAACGGUUCCCCACUCUCAGCCAGCACUACUUCAUCACCACCGAUGCCAUCGGUGCCAUGGCGACUGCCAGCGAUCGUGGAGGUGUCGUGUUGAUAUCAGGGACCGGCUCUAACUGCAAGUUAGUCAAUCCUGAUGGCUCACAGAUCGGCUGUGGAGGCUGGGGUCACAUGAUGGGUGAUGAAGGAUCAGCAUUCUGGAUCGCUCAUUUGGCAGUGAAGACAGUGUUUGAUGCCAGAGACAACCUGGUCGCUCCUCCUCAUGACGUUACACAUGUCAGAAAAGCCAUGGAGGAAUACUUCCAGGUGUCAGAUCUGAUGGGCAUGCUGCCGCACCUCUACACUAACUUCCAGAAGUCCCACUUUGCUGGUCUCUGCAAGAAGCUGGCUGAAGGUGCAGAAGCAGGGGAUGCUCUCUGUCGGUAUCUUUUCACUCAGGCUGGGAGAGUCCUGGCAAAACAUGUAGAAGCAGUCUUACCUGCAGCACAAGAGCCUCUACUGAGUAGUGACCUCGGUCUGCCCAUCCUGUGUGAGGGCACAGUGUGGAAGAGCUGGGAGCUUCUGAAGCCAGGGUUCACUGACGUCUUGGAUAAAGUAGCAUCAUCUGACAAGUUCAAGGGCCGUUUCCAUGGUUACAGCCUCUUGAUUUUGCAGCAGUCUUCAGCCCUCGGCGGCGCUAGUCUGGGGGCUCAGAGUAUGGGCGCCACCAUAACUAUGGAUUACACAGCCAACGUCAACAUCUUCUACCGACACACUUUUAACAGCAGCCAGUGAGAGUUCAGCUGCACAUCCCCUAGAGCUUAACCAAUCAGUGUUCAGCUAAAGGGAAACUGUAUUGGCCUUUAUUAAUUAUUAUCAUCCUCGCUAAUAACGCUUACUAUAAUGAUAAUGAUAAUAAUGAUUGUGUAAUAAUGGUAUAGCACUUGAUUUUAUCUCACCACAAGAUAGCCUGUGGUUGAAAAUAUUCCAAAUCUUGUUUUUUAACAGCUUCAUAGCUGCUGUUCUGACAAUGGAAACAAUAUUACUUUCAUUUUGACUGUCUUUGCAAAUCUUUGCACCUUUAAACCACUUGUUUACAUUUGACAUUUAUAAUAAAAAUACUGUUAACUUGA